AUGGGGCAAAAACUCGAGAAAGAUGGCGAUCUGGUUUUGAAAAAACGUUGGCUGACCCCUUUAUUGCUGAACAAGAAAGUCCCUCCAGUUCCUGAUCCAUCCGAGAGAAAGUCUUACCCACUACAUAAAACAAAUCUGCUCUACAGAGCCGGGUUUUGGUGGCUAAUACCUCUGUUGAACAUUGGAUAUAGGAGACCACUUCAACCGGAUGAUCUGUACACACUUGAGGAUAAUGAGGCGCAUUUUUUAAAGGUUGAAGAUAUGCAUGACCGAUUCCAGUACUAUUUCAAUCGAAGAUUGGAGAAAGCCUACCGAAGUUGGGAAAGCAAUGGAAAAAAGCAAACGCCGUUCAAGUACCCUGAUAACAUACUCUUUUGGACCUUGUUGGAAACUUUCAAGUAUGAGUAUGUGAAGGCAAACACUUGGAAGUUUUUGGGUGAUGUUGCCACAGCUUUAACUCCUUUACUGAGUAGGGAGUUGAUCAAAUUUGUGCAAAUGCAGCCAGUACUGAAUUCCCCCGUAGGAAAGGGAAUUGGGUACUCGUUUGGUAUCGCAGCUUUAGUACUGGUUAGGUCCUUCCUCCAGUUGCAUUUCUUCCAUGAUACUGGAUUGACAGGAGCAAAAGUUAGAGCUUUACUAACCAAAUUAUUGUUGGAUAAAUCCUUCCGGUUGAGUGACAAAUCUAGAAAUUUAUAUCCCCAAGGGAAGAUCACCUCAAUUCUUGGUGCAGAUAUCUCCCGAAUUGAUCUUGCAGUGACUUAUUUCUCAUUCAUUUGGCAAUUUCCCGUUGGUUUAGCCAUACCCAUUGCCCUAUUAAUUGUCAACAUUGGAGUGUCAGCUUUGGCCGGUGUUGCUGUACUAAUACUAACGCUUUUCACUGUUAUUGCUUCUGUCAAACCAUUGCUCAAAUUCCGAAAGAAAGCAAGCGUUCACACUGAUGCAAGAGUCAAAUCUCUGAAGGAAAUACUUUACAAUAUGAAAAUCAUCAAGUUUUACUCUUGGGAAAUUCCUUAUUUUAAUCAAGUUUCCGAGCAAAGACAAAAAGAGAUGGUCCAGAUUUUGAAACUUCUGUUUUCAAGAAAUGUUGUAACUGCCAUAUCUAUCAAUUCCACAACUGUGUCGUCUGCUGUAGCUUUUCUGACAAUGUUCGGAGAGAGAGGAAUGCAGAGUGCCGCUGAUGUGUUUAGUUCUUUGCAGUUUUUCAACGUCCUUUCUUUGCAGCUGGUGCUGUUACCAAUGGCGUUCAGUACUGCUACCGAUGGCUAUCUUGGAUUGAAAAGGCUUACUGAAUUUCUAGGUGCAGAGGAAUUUUAUGAGGAUGAUUUGGAUGAUUCAUCUUACAACAGAAGCAGCUCCGAGAAAGAUAUGUUACUGGAAGAUGUGGCUUUGAAAGUUGAAAAGGGAAAUUUUUCAUGGCCAAGCUUCGAACUCGAUCAAGAAGACUCAGUUGGAUUGAAAGACAUCAACCUGGAAGUGAAGAAAGGAGAGUUUUUGGUGAUAACUGGUCUAAUUGGGACCGGUAAAUCUUCAUUACUAGCAGCAUUGAGUGGCCAGAUGAAAAGAAAAUCUGGCUCAGUUAGCCACCAGGGGUCACUAUUGCUUUGUGGCGAACCAUGGAUCCAAAAUACUACUAUAAGAGAGAAUAUUGUUUUUGGACAGCCAUUCGACGAGACCAAGUACUGGGAAGUCAUUAAAUGCUGUGCGUUGUCUCAAGAUCUGGAUAUGCUAGAUCAUGGAGAUAUGACUGAAAUUGGAGAGAGAGGGAUCACUCUCAGCGGGGGUCAAAAGGCCAGAAUUAAUCUUGCAAGAGCUGUCUACAAUGACAGGGAUAUUCUGUUAUUGGAUGAUGUUUUGAGUGCAGUAGAUGCUCGAGUUGGUAAGCAUAUAAUGGACAAUUGUGUUAUGGGAUUACUGCACGAUAAAACUAGAAUAUUAGCAACUCAUCAACUGUCUCUGGUCAGCACUGCAGACCGGAUAUGUUUCCUCAAUGGAGACGGAACGAUCGACGUAGGAACGUUUGAAGAGCUCUCCGCUAGAAACCAAAAUUUCACCAAUUUAAUGGUUUUUAAUACCAAUGAAACCCCAGAAACAGAGGAUAAGCAAGAGAUUGAGCGUGAAAAGGAGUCCCAGCCUAACCGCAAUUUUACGGAAAAGGAAGGUAAGACGAUGGUCCAAGAAUCUAGAUCAGAUUCGCUUUCGAAGUGGGAAGUUAUACCGAUUUUUUUCAAGGCGGGUGCACAAAGAUUCACCUUGCUUCUUUUGUUGGCGAUUAUCCUUACUGUGGUUAUAAGCGCCUUUUUAGUUGUGUUCUGUAAUGUUUGGUUGUCUUAUUGGGUAUCUUAUCAUUUCGAACACUUGACAAAUGGUCAGUAUAUUGGAAUAUACAUCUUACUAACCUUCCUGGGUGUCCUAAUGGUGAUUUUGGAGUUCUUUUUCAUUUCCUAUGUUGUGAAUAAAGCCUCCCAGAAUCUGAGUCUUCAAGGACUAAACACUUUACUUCACACUCCAAUGAGCUACUUGGAUGUUACCCCAAUGGGUCAAAUUUUGAAUAGGUUCACCAAAGACACGGACACCGUAGACAACGAAAUGGCUGAUCAGUUACGACUGGUGGUAUUUGGUUUCUCGUCGAUUGUAGCUGUGUUGAUUUUAUGUGUGGUCUACCUACCUUGGUUUGCGAUUGCAAUUCCAAUAUUAGUGCUUUUCUAUUGUGUCAUGUCCAAUUUCUAUGGUGCUUCAGGGAAAGAAAUGAAAAGAAUAGAGAACAUUGAGCGAUCCUUCGUUUAUAACAACUUUAAUGAGUGUCUGACUGGAAUGAACACGAUAAGGGCAUACGGUAUGGUCGAUAAGUUUCUAACAAAGAAUACAAGAUUGCUGAACAGAAUGAAUGAAGCUUAUUAUUUAACAGUUGCUGGUCAACGAUUUUUGGCAGCAAAUUUGCAUUUCAUAGCGACAGUUAUGACACUUCUAGUCGCCCUGUUAGCUGUGACUCAAAGUUUCAGUAUUAGUGCCAGUUCGACUGGUCUUCUUUUAUCAUAUACGUUACAAAUUACGGGACUACUGAUGAUGUUGACAAAGUCAUUGACCAUGGUUCAACUUCAGAUGACUGCGAUUGAACGAUUAGUGGAAUGUGCGAUUGGCCUCCCCCAGGAAGCGGCUUACAUUAAACCAGGAGAAUCAGAAGACGAUGAUACUGAUGAAGAUAAUUGGUUGAAACGAGGCGAAAUUGAAUUCGAUAAUGUGUCCAUCAGAUAUAGGCCCGAACUUCCAUUGGUAUUGAAAAAUAUCAGUUUAAAGAUUGCAAGCGGUCAGAGAAUCGGAAUUUGUGGAAGAACGGGUGCUGGAAAGUCUUCCAUAAUGACGGCCCUUUAUCGUAUUAACGAACUGGCCUCCGGUCGAAUCACCAUUGACAAUGUAGACAUCUCAACACUGGGUCUGCAUAAUUUGAGGAAAAGACUAUCAAUUAUUCCUCAGGACCCCAUUCUCUUUAAAGGAACAAUCAGGAAAAACCUUGAUCCCUUUGGACAAAAAACUGAUGAGGAACUGAAAGUGGCGAUGAUCAAUAGCGGCGUGCCCAGCGAUCCUAAGUUCGACUUGGAUAGUCAAGUCACUGACGGUGGAGGAAAUUUCUCCAAUGGUGAACGGCAGCUACUCGCCUUGGCAAGGGCUACAGUUAGACAGUCAAAGAUCUUGAUUUUGGACGAGGCAACGUCCUCAGUUGAUUACGAGACUGACUCAAAAAUCCAAACGACAAUUGCUACACAGUUCAAUGAUUGCACAAUCCUUUGCAUUGCGCAUAGACUAAAAACUAUUCUAGACUAUGACAACAUCGUUGUGGUCGAGAAGGGUGAGGUUGCAGAAUAUGACACUCCGCUGAAUCUGUUCAACAAGAACGGAAUUUUCAGGAGCAUGUGUGAUCAGUCCAACAUUUCAAGGGGAGACUUCCCUACUAAAAAUUGA